CUCGUUUCAUGCAAACUAAGGCAGGUGGCCGUAGACUGACUGAGAGAACUGGAAUCUCUUUUUUAAUUGUCUGAGCUCACGUUGUCGUAGUCUCUGAGGGUCACUCGAGAUUAGCCCUGGUAUAGAUUUACUGGACUCAGAAUUGCUCUACUAAUGUACAUUUAAUGUGUGUUAAACUGUGUGAAAGUUGCAGGACCAGUUUGGGUUGUUCUUAAAGGAUACAAUAACGGACACACCUGCCUUUAUAUUCAUGAACACUUUAAGUAAACGGCACAUUACUUUCGGCAGUGAGCUGUACAGACUCACAGCUCCUUUACACAACAUUGGAAAAAUCAAGAUACAUGCAUCCCCGAUGAUCUGGAUUUGUUCUCUGGGGGUACCCCUACCAAGCCUCGAAAUACUUCAUCAAGGAUUACCAAGAAAAGCUGGCACAAGUGGAAGAGCUAAUAGAACGCUCCAAGUAAUGUAAAUAACAAAGUGUUUUUUAUGUAUCUGCUAAGUUUCGGGAGCCAUUAGAAAAGGAGACACCUCCAGGACUGCUCCCCAUUGAUUUCACUGGAUAAUGGGUCAAAAUCCUUCGGCUCCGGACGUGAUUAUCCAGCAUGACAAGGCUGAUAUUAUAUGUGAGAUCUUUAGCCAAGGAGUGGUUCAUGCAGCCCAGAAACUCAAGGAAUAUCUGGGAUUUGAAGAUCCUUUUGGCAACCUUCGUCCAACUGCGGAUACUUUGAUAGAAAUCUUCCUAGUGAACUUUAUAAACUUCUGUGUUGAAAAAGGCGUAGAGGAAAGGAUCGCCACCAGUAAAAUGACAAAGCAGCAGUCACUCUUGCUUGGCGUCGAUUGGAUCUGGACCAUCUUUGGUUCUGAUAAGCUUGUGAAGCUCCAGAUAGCCGUCCAGGCCCUGGAAAUGUCGGACUUCGUUAUGCAUGGGAGAAGGACGCACAGUAUGACCAGCUGCACCCAUUGUAAAGAAGUACAGCUGACGGACACGUCGUACAAGGACAAGAGUCCGUCCGAGAAGCUGGAAGAGUUCUGCGGGCUGGUGGGGACAGACUGCAUGGGGUUAUUCAUAGUGUUUGGUUUGCCGGGGAAGCCCAAAGACAUUCGAGGAGUACUUCUGGACAGCGUGAUGAAGGAGAAAAGGAAAGCCUCUGGGGAACAAGCCUUGGAACAAUUCAUUCUGAGCACAGACACCUUCCUGCCGACCAGGGAGAUGUUAGAGACUUGUAUGUCAAGGAAGAAUGGCUACAAAAACAUCGGAAAAGUGUACAUCAACUUUUUGUGAUUGUGCUGUAAUUUCUUCUUACAAAAUGGUGCAAAACUGGAUCAUGUGGAGAAAUUAAUCUGGACGGCGGAAUUUAUGGUGGAGACUGGGUAUGAAACAGUUUGUGUGUGUCGUACAUUAAUCUAAUGUGAACACACGACGUGAAUGGCAUAUGGCAAAAAGCAGAGGAUGUGGGGAAUAAAACACCUUACAUCGUGUUAGUAAGAUUUACAGAAACUCUGUGUAUUGAAUCCCUGCUCUGCAGGGGGGAAGGUUUGCACGAUUUGCCUUUGGAGUUCAGUUAAUGACAUCAUAACCUAAAUUAUUUAAAGAUACUGUAUUUUUUAACUUGUUGCCAUUAUAGAUUGUAUUAUUACCAGUAUAUUAUAUACUGCAUUAUUAUAUUAUAUAAUCAUCGCUAAAGUGAAUAAAUAUGUAAGUGAUACGGUUGUCAUUGCAUCAUGGAUUCUGUAUGGAGUUUAGCUUUAAUAAAUAAAGGUCAGUAUUUUCGGAUUAUCCUCUGCAUAUUGCCUCCAGUGCAAGGGUUAAAAUCCCAUGAUGCUUUGCUUGCAUUUUUCCCCAUUGUAUUUCAAUAAUAAACAGUAUUUGAAUAAUUA